GAAUUAAUGCAACGGUUUUUGUAGAUUGCACUGUUCGGUUGCGAGUUGAAAUAACGAAAUUUGGACAAAAUAUUAACUUUUAAUUUGCUGUUGUAGAUCGUGUGAAUUCUAAAAUAAGUUAUUUACUUGUAAAACGGCCGCCCCCAUCUACACAGCUAACUAACAAUGGCGCCAACAAGGUUGACAUCGAAGUCAGUCGGCGUCAAUGAGAACCUGAACGGCAUCAUGAGCCGCGGGAUCACGACGAGGAGUAAACAGCUGGCUACUCUGAAAACAUACAAAGACAGCUUGAAGGCGCCGAACAAGCGAAAAGCCGAUAGUCCGGUAAAGGAUACCACGGCUAAAAGGGCAGCCUUCGGAGACAUCACCAACGCCUUCAACAAAGCCUGCGUCAACACAGACAAGGAUAAAGCCAUGGUCGCGAAAAAAGUCACUGUAGAAAGCAAAAUGCUUCCAAUUCUAAAGAACAUCAAGCCACAAACCACAACAUUGAAUGGUAAGGCAUCCAAAACAAAGCAGCUACAAAAAGCUGCCACAAACGCCAUAGAGACAGUACAGAAGCAUUUUGCCAAGGAUCCUCCCAAACAGAUAGCCACCAGAGCACAGAAUGGCAUCCUCAAGAACAUGAUUAGACGUUCCAUGGGAAAAGAAAACCAAAGCACUGCCAGCUCUAACUCUGCGAAAUCUGCUAGAAGUGAUGUGUCCGGCGAACCUUCUCUCUAUACGACCGCUUUGGAAAAUAUCAGCCCAAAUGAGGCUACAAAAGAAGGGUACAAGGUGAUUAGCGAAAAACUCGACAAGGUCAAUUUGGAUGACUCGCACCGAUCUUUGGACGAACAGACUAACUGCAAGCUCCCUGAUGGAGUGGUGGACUUUGACAAGGAGAACUGGAAUGACCCACUGCAGGUGUCUAGAUACGCUAUGGACAUAUUCAACUAUUUGAAGAGCAGAGAACCACAUUUCCUCAUUGACGACUACCUGCAAAGGAUGAAGGGAAUCUCAUCUUGGAUGAGAGCUUUGCUUGUGGACUGGAUGGUGGAAGUUCAGGAGAGCUUUGAGCUGAAUCACGAGACUCUGUACUUGGCGGUGAAGCUGGUGGACCUGUACCUCACCAAGUCCAGCCGGACUCAGCCUGAGAAAGACCACCUCAAUAAGGAAGAGUUGCAGCUACUUGGUGCCUCAGCACUGUUCAUUGCAGCUAAGUUUGAUGAGCGCAUCCCUCCUCUGGUGGACGACUUCCUUUACAUUUGCGAUGGAGCCUACUCGCUCAGCCAACUCCUGAAGAUGGAGAUCAGCAUCCUGCGCAUCAUUGACUUUGACCUGGGCAUCCCGCUGUCCUACAGAUUCCUCAGACGAUUUGCAAGAUGCGCGCGCGUGUCCAUGCCCACGCUGACGCUGGCGCGGUUCGUGCUGGAGCAGUGCCUGCUGGAGUACGGCCUGCUGGGGCUGCCCGACAGCAAGAUGGCCGCCGCCGCGCUCUACAUCGCGCUGCGGAUGAAGUCGCUCGGCGGGUGGACGCCCACCUUGCGCUAUUACACAGGGUACACACUUAAAGAGAUCCUGCCAGUGGUGCUGGCACAGAACGCCACGCUCCACAAGAAGCCCAAGUCUGCCAUCAGCACCGUGAGGAACAAGUACUCGCACACAAUAUUUUUCGAGGUGGCCAAGAUACCCCUAGUUGAAGACUCUGUACUGAGUGACGUCAGCUGAAAUACAAUAUGGCGCUUUACUUAAAUAGGUGGGUCCAAAUUUAAUAUUAACUUAUGACUUUUGUGCAGUGAUCUGUGGGCUGUUAUGCUAUGACAAAACAACGUAUCUUGAGAUACAGUGUUUUGUCAUGUUGCAGCGGCGGUUAGGAUAUAAAUAACUAAAGCUGAAAGAUGUUAUGUGCAGUUGUUUUAACCAAAAAAAAAUAUAUGAAAAAAUACUGUUCAUUAUUCCUCACUAAAAUUUUAAUGUAUAUUAUUUAUAAUAAUAUAUUGUUUCAUUAACACUUUAUCCUUGACUUUAGCUAUUCAUUCCCUAGCUGCUAUGU